GGGGUGUCGUUCGAUGUGGAAAAAAUAAAAUAAAUAAAUUAAUUUGAUUAAAUACAAACAAAUAAAAAACGGGGGUGUAGGGUAAAUGCAAUGGAGUAGCGCUUGUGGUGCGGGUUUUCUUUUUUUUUUUUUUUUUGAAAAAAGUGAAGAAGAUUGUAAAAAAGGAAGGAAAGAAUAAGAAAUAUAAUUAAAGAAAUUCUUCAUCUCUCGUCGUGCAGCAAGCAGUAGAAGCAGCAAAAGAAGCAGCAGCAACAGCAACAGGAUUGGUGGAAAUAAGAAGAAAGGGGUUGAGGAGGAGGAGGGGGUGGUGUGUAUAAGCGCGUACACAUAUGUAUAAUACGUGCGCGUAUGAGUGCGUGAUCGCGCGCGUACACGUACAUAAUUUUCAUUCGAGACUCAAACGGUGAAUUAAAUAUUACCGACUACGCGGAUUUUUCGUUUGUUUGUUCGUCGUUGUUGUUGUUGUUGUUGUUAUUAUUGUUGUUAAUAAUUUCGGCGGAAAGAAGAUUAAAGCUGCCGGCUAAAUUUGCGGGAAGAAAUUCGAAGGAGAUCCGCCGGACUGCCUUCCACAGCUGACGUCAUUACCGUACAUAAUGCGCUAGGGGUGAUGGAGACAGUGGGCAAACAGGUCCAGGUAGUGAGUGGACUGGGGGUGGGGGGCCCAGUGGGCCCGGUCGGCCCAGUAGGGGGAGACCUGCACCACCAUCACCAUCCUCACCCCCAUUCGCAUCCACCGCACCCGCACUCCCACCCCCACGGUCAUCCCCAUGGGAGUCACGGGCAUUCGCUUGUUGGCGGUACGUCGACCCCUGGUAGGGCUCAGGCUCAACCAGCGGUUUCGCAUAACCAGCAUUUGCCUCCGAGAUCCACCCCCGUACAAAUGCACAGGCCGACGCAGAAUUACGUGAACAUCAAAAGCAGCAGUAGUCCGGUGUCACCGAGAACUGCCGGCGCAGGAACGUCGUAUGUCCAAGGCGGUGCAGCAGCGGCAUCGUCAGCGGCUGCUGCAACGGGAGGAAGCGGUGCCACGAGCUCGGGUGCAUCAGGUCCAUCGAAUAGCAGCAAUAGUAGCGGCGGUGGCGGCGGCAAUAGUGGUAGUGGUGGUGGGGGCAGCAUUAGCGUAGUUGGCGGUGGUGGCAGCACCGUCAACGCUGUUGUGGUUGGAGGAGGAGGUGGAGGAGUGAGCGUGGUAGCGCAGCCUGGCGGAGGAAGUGGAAACAGCGGAAAUGGCGGCAACUGUUCGGUUGUUGGAGGAGGAGGAGGAAGUGGUGGUAGUAGUAGUAACAGUAAUAACACCGGUGGAAAUGUCAGUGGUGUUAGUGGUGUAUCAGGGUCCAGUGGGAAUCCAAAUGGUGGUGGUGGGAUUGGAUGUGUUGGAAGUGGUGGAGGUGGAGGUGGUAGCGGUACUGGCGGCGGCGGUGGUGCUGGUCCACCAACCGGUUACGUUGCUUUACCAAUACCAGGUGGUUUACGAUACAUCCAUCCUUAUCCACAAACUUCAUCGUCGGUGUCCUCUGGCUCGGUAGUAUCAUCGGUUUCAGCAACUUCAGCAGCAGCCGUAGCUGCGGUAGCCAACUCGGCAUCAGCAGUCGCAGCCGCAGCCGCUGUGGCAGCUGCAGCCGCGGCUGCUGCUGCUGGUACUGUACCACCAACUUCUGUACCAGCAACUGCAUCAACUGCUAGCAUCAGUCAAACACCACCGCCUCCUACGGGAACCGGAUAUGUUCCGAGGGAUGCCUAUCGUGGCCCCACUACAAACGUGAACGAGAGGAUUGCUAUAAGCGUUAACAGUAGUCCAUUGUCGCAAGUUGGAUUGGGUGUUGGUGUAGUAGCUGGUGAAUAUGGAGCAGGUAGUAUUAAUAGUGGUAUGGGAAGUGGUAGAGGAGAAAGACCAAGGAUGUCCUUGUUGUCAUCGGCAUCAGUAGCCCCAGCACAAACACCGGCUGUGGGAUCGGAUUAUCAUAUGCCAAGUGCGAGGAAUCCAAGAGUAGGCCUUAUACCCGUUCAAACGGAUCAGUAUUGUAGUCGUACUGCCGUCGAAAUGACAACUUUGCAAGAUGCCCCGCCGUUUAAAAAGAUACGCCUUGGCCCACCAACUCAGGUUCAAAUACAAUCACAAUCUCAGUCACGAUGUCAGAGUCUUCCACCAACCGAUGCUUGUAUCAAACAAGAACACAUUGUACCCUUGCAACAACCGUUGAGGAUAGACACAAGGCCUGCCACAGGUGCGUAUACGCCUCAAACGGAAGCGAUAUCCCCAACGCUUCCAGAGACCAAUACGCAAGAAGAUGCACAGUUCCGAAGUACGAAGGACGAUCUUCUUCAGCAGAUUGGUAAAGUCGAUCGGGAAAUUGCCAAGAGGGAAUCCCAGAUCAGUAAACUUCGGAAAAAGCUUAAGGAAUUGGAGGAGACUGCUAAUAAACCUUUGGAGGCUAGCGGUCUUAAGCGACAAAUAGAAGAACAGUCGCAACAACCAAAGCAUCAAUCACUGGCACAGAAAAUUUAUGCUGAAAAUAGAAGAAAAGCGGAAGAAGCGCAUAGACUUUUAGAAAGAUUGGGUCCUAAGGUAGAGUUGCCAUUGUAUAAUCAACCAUCGGAUACUAGUGUUUAUCAAGAAAAUCGUACGAGGCAUCAAACUUGUAUGAGAGCGAGAUUAAUAGCAAGAUUAAGAAGGGAACAUGCUGAGAGAGCGUCUCUUCACAGGCAGCAGUCUCAAUCUUAUGCCAUUCUCGUACAAGAAUGGCAUCGAAAGGUUGAACGAUUGGAAGCAAAUCCGAAAAAAAAAUCUAAAGAAGCGAAGAAUCGUGAAUUUUUCGAAAAAGUAUUCCCCGAAUUAAGAAAGCAAAGGGAAGAUAAAGAACGUUUCAACAGGGUUGGUGCUCGUGUUAAAAGCGAAGCUGAUCUUGAAGAAAUUAUGGACGGUCUUCAAGAGCAAGAGAUGGAAGACAAGAAAAUGCGUUCGUACGCAGUCAUACCACCUCUACUUUUGGAUACCAAGCAACGAAGGAUCGCAUUUCAAAAUCGUAAUGGUUUACUCCAAUUAGAAGAACUUGAAGCUUUACAUAGUGAAAGAAAAUUAAUAAACGUAUGGAGUUCAGUGGAGCACGAAUUGUUCAAAGAGAAAUAUUUGCAACAUCCGAAGAAUUUCGGUGCGAUAGCACAAUCCUUGGAACACAAGUCUGUUCCAGAUUGUGUGCAUCAUUACUACCUCACUAAGAAAGCUGAAAAUUAUAAACGAUUGCUACGAAGAUCUCGACAACGGACACGCAGUUCUCGUAACAAUCCUAAUAAUAAGGUAAAUAAUAGUAGUUCUACUAUUGGACCUAUCGACAUAUUGACAACGGGAGUUACCACAAGGCUGCAACGUGAGCAGCAACAAAAGACGCAGGAAAAUCCUCAGAAUAAUAAUACAGCAGCAACGUCAUCGUCAUCGUCAUCAUCAUCAUCAGCAUCAGCGGCGGCGGCGACUACUACAACAACAACAACAGCAGCAGCAGCAACAACAACAUCAUCAUCUACGGCGACAACAACGACUACUACAUCAUCAACGUCGAGUAUAUCAACUGGUACAACUACUACAGCGUCCUCAUCAUCAUCGUCAACAAGUACGUCGUCGUCGUCGUCGUCAUCAUUGUCGUCGUCAACGUCGACGACAACUACGACUGCGGCAUCGACGACGACGACCACGACGACGACGACGGCUACGACGACGACGAUGACAGGUGCUCAGGGUUCUCUGAUUAUGAGCACGAAUAUGUCUUCUACUGAUUCUGUUACGACAGCAACGACAACGUUAACAACAGCAGCCACCACCACCACCAACACGGCGACGAUAGCUACUGCGACCACGUCUACGACUACAUCCCUAAAUUCAAUCCUGAUGUCGAUUUUCUCAUCAACGACGACUACGACGGCGACGACACCGGCUAAUACGAAGGAUAAUAAAGAAAUCGGUAAAGAAAACAAGGAGAACAAAGGGGAUAACAAGGACUCGCAUAUUGUUAAAGUCGACGUUAAAGAAGAAUCUAGUACGGAUAAUAAUCCUACGAAUAAGGACGUCAAAGUCAUAAUGGAAGGUAAAAACACGUUGUCGUCAGGAUCAGCAGCAGCGUGCUCGUUAAGCGCCAACACCACCAAUGUACCUGCCAUGCAGUCCGAGUUUAAGGAUACGGGUAAAAAGAAAACGAGUUGUAGGGAAACAACCGGUGGUAGUAGUAGUGGUAUUAAUACGGCAGCUACUAGUAGAAUUAAGGAUAAGAAAAAAGAAAAUCAUGCCAAUCCAAUGGAAACCAGUGAUGAAGAAGCACAAUCCACGGAUACCAUUGAAGGUGGUAGACAAAUAGGACCUCACGCAUGUACAGUUUGUCAAGACGUUGUUGAAGGAAACGCCCAGAGUCGUGCAUUACCACGUAGCCAAGCUUCCCAGUACGGUUUAAGGGAGGAUCAAGUACCACCAGGUGCAAGAGUAUGUAAUACCUGCAGAUGCAAAGCCGUUAGAGGACGUUAUACGGCCUGUCCAUUGCCUGGUUGUCCUAAUCUCAAUAAUAGUAGUUCCAAAACCAGAGUUAAACGAUUACGUGCACUUCCAGCCAAAUGGCUUGACUUACCAGCUGAAAUUAGAGAACAAAUUAUUCAAGAAUUUCAGAUACCCAGUAGCACUACCAAGUGUUGUUCAGCAUGUUUCAAUCGAAUAUCAAGAAGAUUGGCAUCACAUUUAACCGGUGGUGGUACAGACAUUUCCGAGGAUGGUACAGAUUCCUUGACGAGACAAUGGACCGAUGAUGAAUUGGAUCAAUUGAAAAGGGCAUUGCGCGAGCACGGCACCAAUUGGUCAAAAGUUGCUGACAAAAUUCCGGGAAAAACUAAUCACCAGUGCAAAAAUUAUUAUUUUACUUAUCGGAAAAAGUAUUGCUUGGAUCAAAUAGUAGCCGAAUAUUAUCAAUCUUUGGGCGAAGAAAGAAGACCGUGUUUAACUGAUGAAGAAGAAAGUGGUAGCAGUACGAGUAGUUGCGACGAAUUAGCUGUGCAUGAUUCGAGUGACACGGCAAGUGCUGGUAGUCCAGCUAACAAUGUAACCGGCAGUACAACAGCACAAACAACAUCCUCGACGUCGUCAACAUUGCCUAUUACGUUUGCACAAUCAAUAGAUUCUAAAAUGGGAGAGAAACUAACAGAAAUAGCUGUUGUUUCUUUGAUUCCACCAGUUAGCAUUGGAUCAUCUCAGCAAUCCUCGGCCAGUGGAGGUGGUGCUGGUGGUGGUAGUGGUACUAUCGUAUCGGCGGGCAAUAGAGAAGAUUACGAUAGUUCUGCCACGGAGACAGCGGACGAAGGUCAGGGUGGUGCAGAUUUGGACAAUAAUAGUGUUGUUGUGACACUGACUACUGCCAGCAAUAACAAUUCAUCAUUGCAACAACAUCCGCAAGCACCACCGGUAGUGCAUUCGCCGCCAUCAACUAAGAGUAGUAAUAACAAUCCUCUAACAGUGAAAGAUCUCAUGUUAGGCGUGAUAGAGAUGCAACUGAAAAGAAAUCCGAAUAGUCCAGCUGGUACCGGUGAUUUAUCGGUGCCCGUUAAUUCCGGUACACCGACGAUAUCGAGUAUUUUACAAUCGGAUCAUUUGGAUAAUCACCCUCUUUUUAAUCGUGAUUUCAAUCAGAGUAUCAUCAAAGCUGCGAUGGCAAGCCGAGAGGCAAAUUUGGCAACACUUUCUGUAGUAUCGGGUCCUCAUCACAGUCAUCGUUCUGCACCGAGUCCUCAGCAAAUUGGUCAAAUGCAAGCAACUAUCACUCCUUGUCCACCUACAACGCUUAGUAGUCAAAGUUCAUCAUCGGAUAUGUUACCUAAGGAAGGCCUAGUCGUGAUGCAAGUACAACAGGCAUUACGUGAGACCGAGGGUACCCUCGACUUGAGUAUCAAAAAGCCAAGACAACAACAAGAAUACAAUCACACGAUGCAAACUAUUCAUAAACCAUCAACAGUAACAAUUUAUCGUUCGGAACCACCUCUUGGUUCUUUCUAUCAUCCGCACCCUCAUCCCGAUCAAGGACGAGGAGCUAAGAGUCCUCUGAUUUAUGCCUCCUCGCCUAGACCACAAGCUCCUCUAACACCGAAAAUGAACAAAGUAUCCGUACCACCACCUCUUCCAAAAUUAUCACCGAAGUUAAGCAGCAUUGGAACAGCUACUCAUAAAGGUGGAUCCAUCACUCAUGGUACACCAGUCUCGAGUGCACGUUACGAGGGUUUGCUAAGACAAAUGACACCUCCUGGUAAUCCGAGUAGUGGUGUGAGUACUGCAAACGUACCAACUGGUGGUGGUGGUUCGGUGGUGAACACUUCGGGAAGUCAAGGUCCGAAAGAAGCUGGCUCGAUAACUCAAGGUACACCGGUUCAUCCGUUCACGGUAGAAAAACGUCCACCAAUGUACGAUUAUCGUACCAUUCGACACUCACCCGUGACUACUGGAAACGUUCCUGGACAAGGCCAGGUUCAGUCAGCGGCAGCCACUGUAGUGGUAACUCAUAGCAAUCAAUAUAAUUCUUACUCGAGUCGACCACCACCUAGUUACACGAUGGAACAACAAUUGUCCUCAAGACAGUUGAUCAUGAACGAUUACAUAACCAGCCAACAAAUGCACGCUCGUAGUCGUGGCAGCAGCGGUACCUCGGAAACCGCGGCUAAGAACGAGUCACCUUCCACACUUUACUUUCCCAGUACACCACCACCUCAAACGCACACACAAAAUCGUCAAGGUGUCAUACAGAGGCAUAAUACACAGAAACCGAUACAUUAUGCACCACCCCCGCCUGGAUUAGAAGCGUUCUCGAGUCUGGUAGAUGUUGCGGUGCAACAACCGAGUCUUCCAGUUCCACAUCCCCAUAGUCAUUCUGCUUCGGGCAGUGGUGGCCACGAAGGAUUAGGAAAAACAAUGGCGGAUAGAUUGUUAGCUGAUCGAUUCGUCGAUAACAACAGGGUAUUCCGCGAACAAGAGAUACGCAUGCAAGAACAUCGUAUGGCGAUCCAACAACAGCAUCAAGUUGAACACAGAAUGGCUCUUGCGCAUCAUCAUCAACGUGACAGAGAAAGGGAACGCGAUUUGGUUCAUUUGCGUGAAAAAGAGGAACAUAGGUUGCAAAGAGCAGAAAAUGAAUAUCAUUUGGAACAACGUUUGGCUGUUCAGCAACAUCAUCUACGCGAGAAAGAUAUUCAACAGGAACACCGUUUGAUCCAACAACGUGAGAAAGAAAUACAACACGUAGAUCAUAGAUUAUCGGCACAGCAAAGGGAAAAAGAGAUACAACAUGCAGAACAACAUCGCAUGUCCGUUCAUCAUCAACAGAGAGAAAAGGAUAUGCACCAACAAAUGGCAGCGGCUGCUGCGGCUCACAGGGAGAAAGAACAUCAGGAGCAUCGUUUGAGCGUUCAGCAACGAGAAAAGGAGAUACAACAAGAAAGGCUUGCUAUGCAUCAACAACAAAGGGAGAAAGAAAUUCAACAAGUGGAACAUCGUUUGGCUAUGCAACAAAGGGAACGAGACUUUGUACAUUUGCAUCAACAACAACAGCAACAACAACAACAACAAAUGCAACAGCACAUUCAACAACACCAUCGCUUGGAAGCCGAGAGACGACACAUGGUGCAAUUAUAUCGUGACCAACAGCAACAGCAACAACAACAACAACAACAGCAACAAAUAGACAGGGAAUCCUCGAGAUUACUGAGCAGCGGAUUUUCACAAUCCUCAAGACUUCAACAACCACAGCAACAACCAUCCCAACAACCAUCCCAACAACCAUCUCAACAACCAUCCCAGCAACAAUCGCAAUCAUCCUCCCGUCAACAAAAUCAAUCCUCUAAUCAACAACAAAAUGAAACUUCGUCGACUUUGACUGCAGCUAGUUUGAUAGAUGCCAUUAUAACCCACCAGAUCAAUCAAAGCGUAGAGAAUGCUGGAGGACGUGCAGUGUCCAAUAAUCAACCUACUCGACCAGGCGAUCGACUAUUCCAAGAAUUCCAUCUAGACACGCAGACAGAACCUAAUGGCAUGGUACACAGUCCAGCCGGUGAGGGAAGAGGAAAUGGCGGAGCAGGUGGUGGAAGUGGCAGCGGAAGUGGAAACAAGGCUAUUACUCUAGGGGAACAUGUCGAUCACAUUGUAACUAAGGAUUACGGGCCUCCACAUUCUUCAUAUAGAUCUUAUACUGGAUAUCAAAUUUCGGAGGAACAAUGGAAGUUGCGGAAAGGAAACGAAGCUGAUUCCGUGAAGACUGGUGACGAGCGACAGAUAAUACGAGUUGCUCAACAACAAUCCCAACAGCAGCAGCAACAACAGCAGCAGCAGCAGCAACAACAACAACAACAACAACAACAACAGCAGCAGCAGCAGCAGCAGCAACAACAACAGCAGCAACAACAGCAACAACAGCAGCAGCAGCAGCAACAACAGCAACAACAACAACAAUCCUCAUCCUCGGUGGGGAAGCAACAGUUUCAUUCCGUCGAACCGGUCUCUCCUCCGGAAGCUAACACGAAUCAUUACGGGCGUCGCUUUUAUGAAACGAGCACUGCCACCUCAACUUCCGGUACACCCUCUAACAAACCACACCUAUCUCCACUGGACUACGUUAAAAAUAAAAUCGUGGAGGUGAUGCGUACGUCCGAAGAUGAUAAACCCGGAUCAACGGGAGGCGGAGGAGGAGAAAGAGAAAGAGAAAGAGAAAGAGAAAGAAACGGUGGAGGAAGCGGCGGAGGAGGAGGAGGUAGUAGUGGUGGAGGAAGUGGAGGUGGUUCAAGUGGUACCGUUGGUGGUAAUACUGGAGGUUCCACCGGUGGUGGUGUUGUCGGUAACGGUGGUACAUGUGGUGUAGUAGGUAGUGCUGCUGGGGGAGUUGUUAACAGCGGCACUGGUAGUGGUAGUGGUGGUGGUGGUAUUAGUGGUAGUGGUAGUGGUAAUAGUGGCAGUGGUAGUGUUGUUACCGGUAAUAACCCUGUGUCAGGUACUGGAAAUUCAUCGACCGUUGAAAAAGACGAUAAAUCCAAUAUGAACGUCGAUAGUCCUGCUAACAGCGAAAUGAUAGUCGACGAUACAUCCAACAAACAAGCCCAACAACAAUCAGCUAAUCAAGCUACCCCAGCUCCGCCAGCUCCCACUACUACUUUUUAUCCGUUCAGUGCAUUGGGUGUUCACACUGGACCACCUCCAGCACCUCCACCUCCAACCUCGGUCUCAUCUGCCGUAUCCAAAUCCGAACAGAUGCAACCGGAACCGGCACCUUUGCUUUCCGCGCAAUACGAGCCACUUUCGGACGAAGAUUGAUAGUCUGUUGUUAAUACUUUUUUAGUUAAGGGCAAGUCGAAACGCCAUGACGCUUCUUUUAUUAGGAUAUCGAGACGGUGUCGUAAUAAUUUUCGACAUGUACGAAUUGGAUAGGACACGUGUAUAGAUUGCAUACAUAUGUUAAAACAUACACAAACACACACACACUCAUACACUGUCGGAUGAUAAAAAUUAGCCCUUCUUUUUCUUAUUUUUUAUGUCUUUCUUUCUUUCUUUCUUCCAUCUUUUGUUCGUUUUAAUUUACUCAAAAUAUCAGUGAGCGAUCAAUUAAGGACUCUACUUAAUUUUUUUUUCUUUUUCUUUACAUCUCUUGUCUUAUUUCCUCUUUCCUUCAUUUUUGUUUAUAUAUAUAUAUAUAUAUAUAAAUUUGUCAUGAAAUGUAUACUUUGUAACGAAAUGACAACACAGGGGUGCGUUUUAAAUAAAUUAGCAAAGAGAGGAAACACGACGUGUGUUUCAUUUUUUAUAUAAAUUCAAUAUUAUUAUUAUAUAUUAUAUUAUAUAUAUUUUUUUUCUUCUCUUUUCUUUUCUUUUCUUUUCUUUUCUUUUAAUUCGAACGUCAUUCCCAUUGUUGCUACUCUCAUCUCGUUGCAGAUGGCGAUGUUGCAAAUAAUAUAAAAAAAAUUGGCGAAACAUUUUCUUUUUUUUUUAUACGACAAUUAAUAAUAUCGUCUGUCAAAGGAUUUCGAUAAAUAUAUUUUUUUGUUUAAUUGUGCAAGUAAAAAAAAAACAAAAGAAAAGAAACCAAUUUCUUUAUUGUGUCCUUGCGUGUUUUUUGACGAUGCGUAAAAUUGCGAUAAUUAUUAAGGACAGAGGAGAGUGAGUCAAACGAAUUAGAAGAAAAAAAAAUAAGAUUCAUUUCAUGAUUUACAUCGUAAGAAAAACAAUCAAUGGUAUUUGAAAUAUUUAUUUGCAAAUGUCAAAGUUUUAUAAGGAUACCUUCGAACAGUAAUAUGUAACGUUAAUCAUUGGAGAACGAAUUCCUUUAAUUUGAAAAGAAAGAAAACAAAAAAGAAAAGGUAAAAAUGAGAAAUAAGAUUAUAAAAAGAAUGACUAAUUGGAUAGCUAUUUUCUUCAAACAACAAUUGUUACAUUUACUGAAAUUACAAAAUGUCAACGAUCAUUGAUAAUGUGUUGUAAAUCAUGAAAUUCAUUUUCUUUUCUUUUUUCUAUUUUGUAACUCAAUCAAUUGCCAUACAUUAUUGGUACG